CCGGGCGGCCCUGCCGUCUCUGCUUCGGCGGGGGACGAGGCCUGGCGGCGAGGGCCGGCGUUGCCUGCGGCGGCAACCGCCUCCAAAGACAACUCUGGGCUUCCCCCGGCGGCGGCCCGGAGCUCGGAAACCCAGAAGCUCCUGCAGCUGGCGUACCCGGAGCGCUGGAGGCUGGCAGCUGCCGUGGGGUUCCUGGCUGUGUCCAGUGUCAUCACCAUGUCGGCUCCCUUCUUCCUGGGCAAGAUAAUCGAUGUCAUUUAUACCAACCCCACCGGGGACUACAGCAGCGGUCUGACUCGCCUCUGCCUGGUGCUCAGCGGUGUGUUCCUGUGCGGUGCUGCUGCCAACGCGGUCCGAGUCUACCUCAUGCAGACGUCGGGUCAGCGCAUCGUGAAUAGGUUGAGAGCUUCAUUAUUCUCCUCUGUUCUGAGGCAGGAGGUUGCUUUCUUUGAUAAGACCCGCACAGGAGAACUGAUUAACCGCCUGUCAUCAGACACCGCACUCCUGGGGCGCUCAGUGACUGAAAACCUGUCUGACGGGCUCAGGGCAGUGGCCCAGGCUUCCGUCGGCAUCAGCAUGAUGUUUUUUAUCUCACCUACUCUGGCCACAUUUGUUUUGAGUGUGGUGCCUCCAAUAUCCAUCCUUGCUGUGAUUUAUGGACGGUAUCUACGGAAGCUGACCAAAGACAAACAGGAUUCCCUGGCACAAGCCACUCAGCUAGCUGAGGAACGUAUUGGAAAUAUAAGAACUGUUCGAGCUUUUGGACAGGAAAUGACUGAAAUGGACAAAUACAACAGCAAAGUGGACCAUGUGAUGCAGCUGGCAAGGAAGGAGGCAUUUGCCCGGGCUGGCUUCUUUGGGGCAACUGGGCUGUCCGGGAACCUGAUUGUGCUUUCUGUCCUAUACAAAGGAGGGUUGCUGAUGGGCAGUGCCCACAUGACCGUGGGUGAACUCUCUUCCUUCCUGAUGUAUGCUUUCUGGGUUGGAGUAAGCAUUGGAGGUCUGAGCUCCUUCUACUCAGAGUUGAUGAAAGGACUGGGUGCCGGGGGACGCCUCUGGGAGCUUAUUGAGCGAGAGCCUGAGCUUCCUUUUAAUGAGGGGGUCAUCUUAAGCGAGAAAAGCUUCCAUGGUGCUUUGGAGUUUAAGAACGUGCAUUUCACCUACCCAGCUCGCCCAGAGGUGCCCAUAUUCCAGAACUUCAGCCUUUCUAUCCCAUCAGGGUCAGUCACAGCACUGGUUGGCCCCAGUGGUUCUGGCAAAUCAACAGUGGUUUCCCUCCUCCUGAGAUUGUAUGACCCAGUUUCUGGAACGAUCAGUCUGGAUGGCCAUGAUAUCCGCCAGCUAAAUCCUGUCUGGCUGAGAUCCAAGAUGGGGACAGUGAGUCAGGAACCAAUUUUGUUUUCGUGCUCAAUCGCUGAGAACAUUGCUUAUGGGGCAGAUGACCCUUCUUUGGUGACUGCUGAGCAGAUAGAAAGAGUGGCUGAUGUAGCCAACGCAGCUGCUUUUGUCCGAAAUUUCCCUCAAGGAUUCAACACUGUGGUUGGAGAAAAGGGCGUUCUCCUGUCAGGUGGCCAGAAACAGCGAAUUGCAAUUGCCCGUGCUCUGCUUAAGAAUCCCAAAAUCCUUCUCCUAGAUGAAGCAACCAGUGCAUUGGAUGCUGAAAAUGAGUACCUUGUACAAGAAGCUCUAGAUCGACUGAUGGAAGGAAGAACAGUGUUAGUUAUUGCCCAUCGCCUGUCCACCAUCAAGAAUGCUAAUGUGGUAGCUGUUCUUGACCAAGGAAAAAUCACUGAGUAUGGGAAGCAUGAAGAACUACUUUCAAAACCAGAUGGGAUAUACAAAAAAUUAAUGGACAAACAAAGUUUUAUUUCAACAUAAAGGAACAGUUGCUGGUAAAUUGAAUGAGACCUUACUGCAAAAGAGUAUUACAGAAAAAAAAGAUUAUAUGAAGUCUUUAAAUCACACUUCAAGUUGUUUGAAAUAUGCCUAUUUUUUCAAAGUUCGUAAAAUAAUCGUUUUGAGAUACUUUCCUCAAAACUUUUUUAUUAAGCAUUUUAAUAAUCAUAACUUUUUUAAUGUCUAUACCACUGAAGUUAUUUUUAGGUUUUAUACUUUCUUUUUACUUGGAAUAUUUUAAUUAAUGUAGGGAUAGCAUGUCACUUUCUUUCUCCUGCUGUUAUAGACCGAAGUUAUUGUCCAAAUGACAACUUUUAAAAGGGAAUUAUAAAUAAAAUGCCUAAUUGUUUUAGGCCAGUUUACCAAUCCCUGUGUAAUUCUCUUGGUGUACUCUACCUACUUUGUUUUACUAGGUAUGCGAUAGAAGACACAAAUAUAGCCAUUUUAUCCUGAUAAUCUUGUAUCAUGAAUGUGACUGAGACAUACAUUGAAUAGUUAACGUCACAGGUGGGAAGAGACACUUUAUAUCCCCCAUCUCCUGUGUCUUCACAGGUGUGAGAGUUUCAGUGUGUUUUUCUGGGAUGAGACUGUUUGGAUGUAUGUAGUUUUCAAUAUUUUGGGCGUAUGUGAGUCUGAUGAGUUUUCAAAAGUAAAGAAUGCCUUUGAAUAGAAAAGUUCUAUUUUCAUCAUUCACUUAUUGGUUUCUAUUAGUAUUUUGGGAAGUAUGAACUGCCAGAUGUUAUCAAGAAAAAUGUGAAACUGUAUUUAACAUAUAUGUUGUCUGAAGGCAUGUAUUUUGAAAAUUACAUCACAAAAUGUAUAAUUUCCAGUCAAAUUUUACAACUUUUUAUGAGAUAUUUAAAUAGUUUUGGAAUUUCAUUCAGUGAAGCUAAAAUCUGAAUCAGUAAUUGUCAGCCUUAAAACAUUUGAAGAUAAUUUGAAAGUUCUUGCUAGUCCAUAAAAUGUCAAUAAAUUUUAAGAACUUUUUAAUCUUCUGAGAAGUAGAAUGGUUUCUAAGGCUAUAGUUUUCUUUCUUUUCACCUAAAUGUCUCAAAAUUCCUAAAGCAAUGCUGACAACCAUUGGAUUUGACAUGUUCCAUAUCAGUGCUGUUAAUUUGCUGUUGCCUCAAGAAAAGGUGCUUUUUAUAUACAGUAGUGAUAUCCGGACUUAAGUAGUAAUUAUGUUGACACAAUUAAAACUUUAUUUUCUUCAUGUAUUCAUUAAUUUCUUGUUUAUGCUGGAAGAAGAAACCACUAUUUUAUGAUAAAUGUGAAGUGUUAUAUUUCAAUAUAUAAGGGAAUUUAUUAAUGAAUAAAAUUCAGUG